UCCAGAACGCGCCAAGUUUGGUCUUGCGCGCUUCACUGUAGAUUUGUGUUUAUAGCCGGUGUGUACAAAAUUAGUAAAGCAGUUAAACCAUCUAUCUUACAUAGGACAACUGCAGUCCAGAAAUCCCUGCCUCAUACGACAGAUCAUGGCUGUGCCUUUUGUUAAAGACUGGGAUUUGGUGCAGACUCUUGGGGAAGGGGCUUACGGAGAGGUGCGACUGCUGGUAAACAAGAAGACUGAGGAGGCUGUAGCAGUGAAAGUUGUAGAUAUGGCCAAAGCCAAAGACUGCAUAGACAAUGUGAAAAAAGAGGUGUGCAUAUGCAAGAUGCUGUCACACCCAAAUAUAGUACGUUUCUUUGGGCACAGGAGUGAAGGUACGACACAGUAUAUCUUCCUAGAGUACUGUAGUGGAGGGGAGCUCUUUGACCGAAUCGGUGAGUUAUGGAGAAGCUUUGGAUGGGCAAUGUUAUUUUGUUGGUUUUGUGUCAUUGGAUUAUUUCAUGUUCAUCUGAUGGUGUCUGAAUGCUUGUGCUUAUUGCUUAUUCAAAAUGACUUAAAUGAUUUAAAAUGUCAUUUGUUUACGGUAACAGAGCCAGAUGUGGGAAUGCCAGAAAAGGAGGCACACACAUUUUUUCAGCAGUUAAUAGCAGGUGUGGAGUAUCUUCACAGUCUUGGGAUCACGCAUCGUGACAUAAAGCCUGAAAAUAUUCUUCUUGAUGAUAAAGAUAACCUGAAGAUCUCGGAUUUCGGACUGGCUACCAUGUUCCGGCACCGUGGCAAGCAGCGUCUUUUGAACCGCCUGUGUGGCACUUUGCCUUACGUUGCUCCUGAGCUGAUGUCACACUCGGCGUUCCACGCCCAACCUGCAGACACUUGGGCUUGUGGCAUUGUGCUCACUGCGAUGUUAGCCGGAGAGUUACCGUGGGACCAGCCGAGUGAAAACUGUCAGGAGUAUUUGGAUUGGCUGGAGAAAAAGCACUACCUGACUCCCUGGAAGAAAAUUGAUGCUGUACCCCUCAGUCUAUUAUCCAAGAUGUUACUACAUAAUCCAGAAGAUAGGAUCACCAUCCCUGAAAUUAAGAAACACCGUUGGUUUAGCAGAAGUUUCAAGUCGGGAGUAAAACGGCAGAAUGAGACACCCGUAAGCAAGAUAUCAUGGACUGACUCUGAACUGGCGCGCAAAAAUAGUGAUGACAGAGCACAGAUCUCCAGUUCUCAGCCUGAGCCACAGCCAUUAUGGGAAGAGAAAGAGGUUUCUGUGUAUUCUGAUGUCAGUGUUAGCUUCUCCCAGCCUGCCUGUCCUGAUCACAUGCUUCUGGGCAGCCAGCUUCUCGGCACACCAGGUGCCAGCCAGAACCCAUGGCAGAGGUUGGUUAGGAGAAUGACCAGGUUCUUUACAACUGUGAAUGCGGAAACAUCAUCCAUUGCUCUCCGUGAUGCCUGUAUAGCUAUGGGUCACACAUGGAAACAGAGCUGCACCAAUCAGGCAACGGUUUCCACUAUGGAUCACCGCAACAAUAAACUGAUCUUCAAAGUGCACUUCUUGGAAAUGGAGCAACGCAUUCUAGUAGAUUUCCGUCUGUCAAAGGGAGACGGUUUGGAAUUCAAGAGAACUUUCCUGAAGCUGAAACAGAAACUGUCUGACAUUAUUAGUAACCAAAAGGUUUUACCGUUGAUUUGAUGCAUGUCGGCAUUUUAAGAAAUGCAUAUUCUACUUUCUCACAUGCAUACACUAAGUUUGAAUUGUGGAACAUGUGUUCAGUUAUAUAUGUUUGUAGAUGUAGAUGUUCGUCUGUCUCUUUUUCUGUCUGAUUCGUAAAUGAAGGAGUGGAGAGAAAAGGUUAGCUCAUCUGUUCAUUAAUGUUCUGUUACUGUGAAAAGAAUGUUCAAGACAUCUCUGACUCAAUAACUAAAAGAUGUGAGGUUCUUAAUGUUAAAACUCAUUGAAAUUGCAAAUAAAUCUUUUUUUC